AUGCGCCUCACGCGAUGCGUGCUCUCACAAAAAGGCGGCGCAGUUGAGCGCAGCGACGCUCCGACGGCGAAGAUCCGGCCGAAGGCGAGUGCGCCCGCGCAGCGCCGCGCGCGCGCGCAAAAGCGCUGGCGCCGAGUGCGCGCCGCCGUCGCCGUCACGUCCGUCCUCAAGGACUACUGCGUCAACUCCUCCUUCCACGGGCUGCGCUUCGUCGCCGACAGCCAGCGCCACUGGACCGAGAGGCAAAACAACGCCAUCAGCUUCGCCGCGGAGACCAACUACAUCGACUGGAACACAGAGUUCCCCACCGUCGCCGUCUGUGAGACGGACAACGACGACCGCAUCGACUGGCUGCGCUCGCAGUUUGAAAAUUCUGACGAAAGAAACUACGACAUCGACGAAGUGUACAAGGAGAUAACGUACUUCCGGGGAGAAGGAAACUUUAUCAAGAGCACCUGCUUUUCCCCAGACGGCGUCUUCGACGAGAACAGCGGUUGCCCCGUCAACAACUUCGUGGAAAUCGCCAAAACAUACCGCACGCCGUGCUCCUUGAUGUUCGGCGAGUGCUCGUGGAACGGAGAGCCCUUCAAGUGCUGCGACCACUUCCGGCCGCUGCCCACCGAGAUCGGCACGUGCUUCGCCUUCAACAGCGUGCAGACCGACUCUGGCCCCGUGAAACCGCUGAACACGCAGUCCAAUAAGAAGACUGGGGCGGGCAAACUCAUGACUCAAAUAGCAGUGCCAACUACUGUGUACGUGCUGGCGCGCCAGGAGGUGCCGACGCUCAACUCGAUCGAGCGCGUCAAGUUCAGCACCAAGGAGGGCACGCUCAUCAAGCGCUGGUUCUCCGUCAAGGACGUGGAGAACGAGGCGCUGGUGCACGAGGCGACGCUGCGCCAGCGCGGCUGCCGCUUCCGCGACGGCGACGGCGACGCCCGCGCGCACGCGCUGCAGGUGUACCGCAAGUACUCGUACAGCGCCUGCAUCACGCAGUGCCGCAAGGACGAGCAGCUGCGCCUCUGCAACUGCACCUCGCACCAGACGCCGCGCGCGCGUCCCGAAGAAAUAUGUGACAUGAAAGGUUUACUUUGCCUCAGUGCACAUUACAUGAGGUUAUCCGUGCUGCGACACAAAGACAGCAAACAAAAUCGUCUGUACUGCCCUUGCACACUUAGCUGUGAAGACCAAGAACUAAAGGACACUUAUGGAACUUUGUCAGAAUCAUCAUUAGAAAAUGUGUCAACUGUAUACGUUAUGUUGGACAGUUUACCAACUGUUCGUUUCAAGCGCCAUGUGGUUCGAGGGAAAUUGGACUUAGUUGUGUACAUGGGAGGAACAACUGGUCUGCUUGUUGGUGCAAGUUUGUUGAGCUUUGUGGAAGUUCUGUAUUAUUUCACACUGCGAGUAUGUGGCGGCUCGGAUGAUAAAAGCGCCAGCGCCUCUGGUGGCACAAAGACUGAAUCAGCCCCGGCAAGCAGGACAAUAGAAGUGUUCUCCACAUCCAACUCUGUGUCCGGGCCAAGGGUUGAAAUGGUGCCAGCAAACAAGGAUUCAUUUAUGUAUCAAAAAACCUCUACUCUGUACUGA